CAUGGUGUAUCAGAGAUUAUAAACCGUUGAAAAAGAAGAAAAAAAAAAGAACCUGCGGACUUUCUUUUUCACUAUCUCUUUUUGUUCCCGUCGGUAGUCGUUCCUGCGGCUAGGGCAUUUUACAGAAUGGACAGUGGAGAGACAUCACAGAGCGACAUUGCUACUUCUAGUGCUACCGAUCCAGCUAACACCACCACUGCUGAAUCAGAAUCAUUACAAAAGUCAUUUGAACAAGUUUUAGAAUCUCGAAAACUAAAAGAUGCCACAAAAGUGCUUGUAUUAUUCAAUGCUAUCGGCAACGCGCCUAUAUUAAAACAAAAGCUAUACAAGAUCACGGCAUCCAACAAGUUUCAAAUGGUGAUACAAUUUCUUCGAAAACAACUGCGCUAUCAGGGCUCCGAUCCUUUGUUUUUGUAUAUUAACAGUGCUUUUGCACCAGCUCCUGAUGAAAUUGUUGGGAGUUUGUACAAAUCUUUCAAGACCGAGGAGCAACUUAUAGUAAAUUACAGCACCAUGGCAGCCUGGGGUUAAAAACAAAUCCCCCUCUCCAUCAUCAUCAUCCUACAUGCAUAUUACAUGUGAGAUAAUACCUCUCUGAUCACCAUGAUUACUUACUAUUAUUAAGUUGUUUUAAUGUUUUACUCAAACCAAAGACUGCAAUGUUGAAGUUGUAUACACGAAAUUAAGGGCAAAGAGAGAGAGAGAGAGAGAGAGAAUAAGUGACGAGGGAAGUGGUACAUAUAAUACAGUUAGAUGAUGAUGGUGAUGAUUAUGAGGAAAGAAUAGAAAAGUGAAUGUGGAUAGGAAAAGAG